GGAACAUUUUAUUUUCUGUCCCAAUUUGGAUACUUCUGCCAACAUGAUUUAUCGCCUGUUUGUGAUAUUUAUCUGCUUCAAUUAUGCACACGCAGCAAGUUUGUGGGUUUACAAAAGCAAAGACAAUUACAUAUCAAUACCGCUUACGUCGCCUCUAGGCCUACUUAAUACAUCUUUUAAUGUGACGUUUGAUUCUGUAUUUUAUGCAUUUGGAUUUAAUGGUUCGUAUAGUGAAGUCACAAGUGUAGCUAUUACAAAUUCAUACAUGGAACUCAAAGAGAACACUGAUGUGAACUACGUACUUGUGAAUUGGGAAAAGGAAGCGACUAGUAAAAUUGCAGGGCCCAUACUUCAGUAUCCUACAACAGGCAUCAAUAAUGCUAAGAUAAUUGGACAACAAUUAGGAGUCGCCCUUUUAGAAUUAUCGAAACGUGGACUUGAUUUAGAUAAAGUGCAUUUGAUGGGGCAUUCUCUUGGAGCUCAUCUAGUAAGCGCCACUGGUAAAGAACUACAAAAGAAGAAGAAAGUCGCUGGAAGAAUUACAGGAUUAGAUCCUGCUGGACCUCUGUACAAUAAGCCUUCUUUAUUAAAAGGAUUAAACAAGAACGAUGCCGUGUUUGUUGUAGCCAUACAUACAAACCCCCAGCUAUAUGGUACAUUCAACAAUGUCGGGCAUAUUGAUAUAUGGCCCAACUGUGACCUGAAACUUCAACCUGGAUGUCCGAAUAAGUUUUUAGACCGUUGCAGUCACAACCGCGCCCCGUAUUUUUACUCUGAGGCCAUCAACCUGCCGAGAGCAUUUCCAUCUGUUCAGGCCGGUAGUUGUCGUGAUUGGAAAACCAGAAAAGGCUCCAAUGACACACAUACGAUUAUAUACAUGGGAGAGAAUAUAGACAGGAAAUCAAGAGGAUACUUUUACAUGAGAACAAACACGAUGUCUCCGUUUGGAAAAGGACUCGACGGGAUUGAAUCUUAGACCGUAUUUCGAUCAAUAAA